AAAUACCAAACAUUCCGAUUUACUUGACUUCUUCUACGUUGGCACAUGGUUUCUGCCUCUAAACUCAAUUCAGUUCAGGUACACAUGUUCGUAAUCAUUAGAGAUUAAGAAAUUAACUGUUUUUGUGCUGAUUUUGUGAUGAUAUUUGCUUCAAUUUUUGAGAAAUUAGAGUUUUGGGGAAUUGGUUUGCGUAAUCGUAGAAUUUAGUUAAGUGUUUUGUGAAUUUAUGAUGCAUUAUAUACUGAGCAACAAGAUGAAGGAAGACGAAGUGAACCGAUGCCAGAUACAGGAAUGGUACCCAAAAUUCAAAUCUGUGUCUAUCAAAACUCGGAUUCAUGAACUUCCAGAACCCUUUGUCCAGUACCUUCUAGAUGAUUCGGGGCCCUUCCUCCUCCCUGUUUCAAUCACAAAUGAAGAUGCUUUUCCCAAUAGAAUUCAUAAUCCAGAGGAGGAAGAUGACUAUCAAAUAUCAGAAGGGUCUGAUGACGAGGCAGAGCAGCCUCCAUUGCCACCUUCUUUCCCUGAGCUUGAGUUGCAGGUCAAGGAAUCAAUUGAAUCACUAGGAGGCUCUGUGUUCCCUAAGCUCAACUGGAGUGCACCAAAAGACGCUGCUUGGAUCAGCACAACUGGGACACUCAAAUGCUCUUCAUUCAGUGAAAUUGCCCUCUUGCUACGCUCAUCUGACUCAUUGGUUCAUGAUUUAUGUCAUGCCUACGAUUCUUGCCAUGAUAAAACCUCAUCGAGACCUAAGAGUUUCGUGCUUGCACUUCGUAAAUGGUACCAGUUCCUUAAGCCAGAGAUGGAAUUCCGUUGCUUUGUACGAAAUCAGAAUUUGGUUGGAAUUUCCCAACGUGAGGUCACCACUUUUUACCCUGCUCUACUUGAAAAGAAAGACAGUCUUCGAGUGUUGAUUGAAGAUUUUUUCGUGGAGAAUUUGAUGUCCAGAUUUGAGUCGGAAAACUACACCUUUGAUGUCUAUGUGACAGAGGAUGAUCGGGUUAAGGUUGUGGAUUUUAACCCAUGGGGUGCAUUUACGUUGCCUCUCAUGUUUACAUGGGAGGAAUUGGAUCAGAAUUGCAGUGAACUAGGGGAUGAUGGUGUGGACUUCAGAAUCGUGGAGGGUCAGUGUGCUGUUAGGCCAGGUCUCAAGACUGCAGUGCCGUAUGAUUAUUUGGACACCAGCCCCGGGAGCGGCUGGGACCAGUUUAUGCGAAAUGCCGAUGAAGAGUUGCAGCAGCAAACUAGGAAUGCUCAAGCAGGUGCUUAAGGUCGUCAUUGUUUUGAAAUCUUUGAGGUGAAAUUUGAAAGUACUGUUUCGCGUAUCACUUGUGCUUGCCAGGUUCAAUACUAUGGAGCCUGGAUAUUCCGUGUUAGGCCAUGUCAAGGAAGAAACAAAGUUUUUCAUUUCAAUAUCUGAUUAUGAUUUGUUAAAAUGAAAAACCGACUGCUAGUAUUGAAUUUCACUUUGGAUUCUGUCAAUUUCCUUCGAAUUUCAAUUGUAUUUUGAUGGUUCCUUACUUCCUCUGCCUCACUUUGUUGCUGUUUGAAUUGAAAUGCUGAGCAGUUAGAAAAGAACAUGCUCAUAAAAUGACUGGCAGAAGGUCCGUUUGGUA